AUGUAUUUUAGGAACUGUCUUGUCCACAACGGCGACGUAAAAAUCAGUGAUUUUGGUUUAUCUCGAGAAUUGUCAAAUCGAGCUAAGAAAUACACAAUAAAAGAUGCAAAUCAACGUUUACCAGUUCGUUGGCUUGCUCCGGAAGUUUUAUCUUCAGCUACAUAUUCGAAGAAGAGUGAUGUGUUUUCUUAUGGAGUAUUGUUGUGGGAAGUACGCCAACCUUGUUAAUU